AUGUAUAACAUUGUUUUUAAUGGCUUUGGAAAUGUUUAUGUUCAAUGCGUAGAUAACGCUGAUGAAUCUAUGUAUAUAGGUAAUUUAACAAAUAAUCAAACAACAACACUAUUGGGUUUUUCGUUAUUAUUACUUUUCCCAUCAACAUAUGAUGAUAGUCCAUUACUUGAUUUAUUAUUCAAUACAACUAUUAAACAAAAAUAUGAAGAUAAACAUUCACAUGUACAUGAACAAAUUAAUACUAUACCAAAUUUGGAAACAUUUUAA